AUGGAAGUUGGAACUGAUGAGAUGGAACUGAUGAAGAUGAGGUUUAUCAGAUGUGUAUAUGUUUAUAGAGAAGCCUUAAUCAAUCAAGUUCACCCUCAUCAUCAUCACUUGAGAUCAUUCUCAAAUCGUCAAAUCUUUGAAAAUUGCGAUCAUGAUGCCGAGGUCCCAUCACGAAGCCAUCCUUCUGCUAGAGCGCGUAAAGUCGUGGCUCGUAGUAAACGGGCAAGUUUCAAGGCCGUCAAACCAAAAGGGCGCACAAUCGAGUUUCGUAAUCGAGACCGAGAUCGAGACCGAGAUCGUGAUCGAGAGCGGGAGCGAGAUCGAGUAGAGCGAGAGCGGGAUCGAGAGCGGGAGAGGGAGCGGGAGAGGGAGCGGGAGAGGGAGAGGGAGCGAGAUCGUGGCCGAGAUGAUGAUCGUUAUGCUAAAGAUCGUCGAGAUAGCUAUGGUACGGCUCGUAGUCGACGCUGGCAACAGGAAAGGCGAUCUAGGCCUAGUCUGAACCCCCGGCCUCCCAGAGAUCCUCGCAGGCCCAGUCAUGAUGAGGGUCAGGGUGAAGGACCGUCCGAGGAGGCCUAUGACUAUUAUCGUCAUGAUCUACCAGAGGAUCCUCAGUAUGAUCAGAAUGGGCAACCUUAUCAUGAAACUCAGCCUCAACCUACUUAUCCAGAGCCGACAUUCGAACAAGCACCACAUCAUGUAGCUUCUGCAGCUCCUCCUUCACAGCACCCUCAUCACCCUCAAGCCUAUCCGCCAAACUACUCAUCAUACCAACCCGCACAGAACCCUUACGAACAAACCGAACCACAGCCUCCUCACCCCCCUCCAUCGACAUAUUCGCAUAUUCCUCAAAAUGCUCCAACAACUUCCGAUUUCGAUAUGUCGCAUCAUUAUCACCAGCACGAAGCUCAACCGCCACCUUCACAGUCAUACUAUACAACAGCUCAACCAGUAUAUGAUGAACAGAUGGUCGCCAUGGAGUCACAACAAGAACAAGCUCCUGAUAACUACUAUGACCCAUCAGAGCAACAUAACGAAACGAAUAACCAUCACCCUGAGAUGUCAUCACAGCAUAUUUCUCAUCCCUCACAUCUUUGUCAUCCUCCACCUCAACCGCAUCAUCAGAUUCAGGAACACUCACAUGAAUCAUAUCAUCAGCAGCAACCUAAUCUACAUUCCCAUCAGGUCAUGAUGGAUGAUGCUUGUAGGCAUUCUCAACCACCUCAGCUUAGGCAAACGUCAUCUCAUCAGGAAACGCACUUGAAUCAAAAUUGCCAAGAACAGCAACCACAUCUGCAGCCGAUCAUGGAAGAUAAUUCAGCCCCUAGAGAGUAUUAUCAAUUCCAUCAACCGCAAGAAUCAUAUCCACAAGCUCCGUCAAGACCACAUCAGGUCCAACCUGAGUUCGAGUAUGAAGCCCAUCACCAAAAUGGAUUUCAGUCUAACGGCUAUCAAAUGCCACAUCAAGAUCCUUCAUCUAUGCCUCAAAAUGAACAACAAGUACAGUAUCCUCAUCAUGAGCAGAUGCAAGUCCAAUACGAAGAGUCUCUUGGUCCAUACCGACCUCCAGCUCAAUCGACAUGUCCACCAACAGGUCCUUAUGAAAAUUACCAACCUAACCCGACAAUAAUAUAUCCGACCGAACAACCAUUCAUGUCAUGUGAGUCAUUCUUAGAAAUCUGUCUUCUUGAUACUGAUAUCGAUCUGGAAGGAGAACGUCAUGAAGUCAGAGGAUUAAUAUCUGAAUUAGUUUCAUGGGGGGUCACAGCAGGAUAUUUGAUAGAAGUAGGAGUUACAAAAGAUUUAGUAUAUAGAACAUUUCAAGAAUUAGGAUAUAUGAUUUCUCAGUAUAGCAAUUAUAUAGAGAAUCCAAAUGAAGGCUAUUUGAAUGUAGAAGUGAUCCAACCGAAGGAAUCAGUGAGUUUGAGGAUUCAUCAGACUGAUGAUGUUGAUGGAGUUGAUGUGAAAUCGUUUAGGGAAUCUUCCAUUGGAUUCUUACUUGAUCAACAUACACCUCCAUGUGAUUCACCAGUGAUACCAAAUGAAGUUUUGAAAGAAGAAGUGAUUCAGAAAGCAGUGAUUGAAAAAGUGAUCGAAAUCCAACCUGCUUCUUCAAGUCUUGUAGAUGAAUUAGUUGAAAGUGAAACAGUACGAAAAGCUCAGAGACAAGCCUUCAGAUUAGCAUUAUCCAAGAGAAGUGCAGAGAGAGUAGAGAAAUUAAAGAGUGAAUUACAAUUGAUCUUUGAUGGACCUUUUGGCGAAGAAGAAGAAGAAGAAGGAAACCGAUCUAGUGAAAGUAAUGAAGAGAAUGGAUUGUUGAGUCCGAUCGUUUCUGCUACUACUACUAUUGAUUCGUUUAUUGGACCUAAAGAGAUUGAAGAAGAAGAAGAAGCAAGGGGAGGAAAGAAAGGAAAGGGAAAGGGAAAGCAAAAAGAGAGAUGGGUAGAGAUUUUGAAAGGUGAUGAUUUGUUUUCGAAGAUCGAUUUAGAUGAUCGGGUUUUGGUGAAUGGUGAUCAUCAUCAUCAUCGGAUUCGUCAUCAUCAGAUUGAAGUUCAUAAUGAUGUAUCAGUGUCAGAAGAAAGUUUGAUGAUCAAAAGGAAUGGGAUUGGAUUAGUUGAGAAGAAAAGGUUGGUUGGAACUAGUGUUAAGAGGAAGAAAGAGGACGGAUUGGGUGCGAAGAAGAGGAAAGAAUGGGUUGGAGAAAGGAAGAAAGAAGUUGAGAAAGUUCAUGAGGAAUCGGAUUUGAGUUUACAUCAGAAUCAGAAUCAGAAUCAAAAUCAGAAUUUGGAUCAGAAUGAAGAAUCUAAUCCGACUUUAACUUUAACUUCAACUUCGAAUCCAACUUCAAUUUUACAUUCAAAUCAAGAUUCAAAUCAAGAUAUCAAUCAAACUAAUUUAACUGAAAUCUCAAAUCAUCCAAAUAAUAAGAAAAAAGUUAAAGUUGAUCUUGGUUUGCGUAGAUCUAAACGGAAAAAGAAAGAAGAAAGUUUGAUAGUUUGUUAA